CUAAAAGAGAUAAACAAACAAAUAAUAAACCUGCGUAAAAAUAGUAUAAUUAAUUGUAAAAUAUCAUAAAUAAAAUUUACCACGGCUUUAUUAUUUAAAUAUCUGCAAAUCUGGAUGAAACCGAGGAAAUAAUGAUUGCCGCAUCAGAUCCACUGGAAUUCACACCAGGUGGGCGACAGACAUACCAGCGGCACCCUGGUCCUGUGAUCCACCACCUGAACUCCCAGGCACCUGGUACGCAAGACAGCGCACUGCUGCAGAAGUUCAGUCAAGUGAACAUAUCAGAAAAGUCGCCGAAAGAAUUUUGGAUUGUCAGAGAGAAUGAAGUUUGCGGGGAAGAGGAACUCUAUUGUUCCGGGAAGGUCGCAGUGCACACCCAGGGUGCGCCGUUGACGCGCGUUCUCCAGAAGUCCUUUUGUCUGGAGUCAGAUAUUAAACACGCGUUGUGGUGUAGGUUUUGCACGACGACCCCGAACUUGAUUGACCAGAAUAAAAACAAAGAUGCGGAUGACAUCAGCAAUGACCAGACAGUCGAGUGUAUUUGCUUACUGGACACCCACACCCUGAGGGUCUUUACUCCAGAAGGCGAGGACUACAUGACGAGUCUCCAGUUUAAAGUGUCAGCGGUCUGGCCAACAAAGUACGGGAUCCUCAUGGAAAAAUCCUCGGCAAAACCAUCAGAGGAAAGUUUGCCGACCGCUUACUCGCUGACUCAUCCUCUGGACGAAAUAUGUCCAGUGCUGAUAAAGCACGGCGGGGUCAGCUACAUCCGCGACACAAAUCUAAAAGUUAUUUUUACCAGCUCGGAGCCUUCCUUGGCGGUGAUCUAUGACACCAAGACAGGUCUGCACUCCGUCUACAAGAUCAGGAAGUCUUCACUGGAGGAACGUCAAGUGGUCUACGAUGUGACUGCCAGUUUAAUGAACGCCACCCACGCGUCGCCUUUGCAUGCCGGCUCUGCCAACAGAAGCAACCAGAAGUCAGUGAGCAUGUUCGGGCUUCCGAAUCCUCAACUGAGUGGCCUAGGAGUGGGAAUGGGCAUCUCCAGCAGUCCUUUUGGUUCCCGGGGUACUUCUUACACGACCUCUUGCUCAGGUGGAGGCGCGUCGCCGGCGCAAGUUCACCAGACCACGCACUCGCGUUCUCAAAGCCCCAUGGCCACGAUAUCGCGUUGCCAAUCGCCCACGCACACGUUCUCGCCUCUAGCUGGUGGGUCUAUGCACCAGAAUCGUCUUCACCAGACGGUAAUGGCCACGAUGAUGUGUCAUUCGCAGCACAACCCCAGCAGCUGCAACAGUAUGCUUCUACCGGAGGCUCCAAUGGUCUCCAGCAAGCCUCUCUACCCGGAAAUUUGCCUAGAGCACGUCUGGACGGAGACCACAUCCAAGGAAAUUGACCGAGCUGCUGAUAAAGCAUCCAAAGUCUUCCUGACAACUGAUCUAGUCGGGCAGAGUUACUUGGGGUACCUGGUGCCUUCCAAGACCCAGUUGUUCCUCGUGAGAAUGGAGAAGACGAACAAGCAGCAGCAGAUUAUCUUCGGGAUGUCCACCAGCAUCGCUGCCAAGGACGCAGUCACUCUCACGGCAUUGAACAUGAUCGCGACGAUCGAUUUGUCCGAUGGAGUUACUCUCUACUCGGGUGUCACGUGUGUCGGGAAAGUCCACAUCACCAGCACAGUUCCCGCGGGCUGCAACUACUUCAUGAAUCCCGGUGCUCGACUCAGCUCGCCGUUCCCUCGCAGAAGCUCCAUGAUAUCGCAGAACAUCGCUGCGGAUGUUAAAUUCGAGGAGGCCUUGCACACUCUGAGUCCAGUUGGCGCCUGUGUACGUCCGCCGAUACUCGACAGCAUCGACGCGGGUCUCGUGGGUCUAAAAGACGCGGUAGGCAAUCAAAUAACUCUAGAGUAUGGCAACAAAUUAUUUUACCGCAUCGCGUUGCCGAAGUCGAGCAGUUCCUCGUUAGUGAGACAAUGCCUACAUGUCCUGAAGUCGGUUCUCCAGCGGGAUCUCGCUAUGCACUUGCUGGUAAAGUGGUACGGAGCGCGAAACGCACCUGGACCUCAAGAUUUUACGAUAGAGCAGGAGUGGCAGCUGUUUAUCGUGACUCUGCUGACGCUGAUGGGCUACGACGUUGAUAAGCUCCAACUGGUACGCAAGAACGAUGACGAUUCUACGGGUAAAAAUAGCCCGAUAGUGGUCCCAAAGAAGCCCAAGACAAGCAACUGCGGGUCUGAUGAAGACUGGCUCUACAUUUUGAACUCGGAGGAGCACAAAAAGUCGCAGUUUUUCUUAGAAAACGUACUGCACUUAACUAAAUUUAACCAGGGCGCUGAAGAGAUCCGGAAGCCGAAAGCUGAGAAGAAAAUCGAGCGAGGAAAGAUGACCACCUCGGCUAUUUUAUUCCCACAAUUGCCAGUUGUCCUCUUCGCCCUGCAUUUACUCUACGAGGAACUAAAACUCUGCAGCGUGAUGGGACAAAGUCUUCCGCUGCUGGCCCAGUUGUUAGAUCACCUCAGCAGAGACUUGAAAUUCACUUGGUACUCGUACCACUACUUCCUGGAUUAUCCUACCCACUGUUCCAAAUCCAAGGAACCUUCGCAGAUGACCGAGCAGGACUUGGCUAAAAUCACGUGGCCCAGUUAUGUGCCGGAGAAGCCCCCCAGUGUCUUCAAUACUCUCAACAGUCUUCUCAAAGACGUACCAGUCCCAGCUUAUCCGCAUCUAGUCCGCGUGAACCCGCGUACCAAGACCGUGAUUUCGCUGAUCGCGCUCCUGGCCGCGGAGUUCCGAGUCAGUAACAUUGACCUUGACAAAUUUAUCAAGACGGUGACUCCAAUUGGCAGCAGAAUUGAUUACCAGGACUCUGGCAAAGACAAAGACAAAGAAGUUUGUCGAGUUGAGAGACCAGUUGCUGACCGAAUUGUUUUGCUCUUCCACGAGAUGGGAUUGGACAAAAAGGAUCUUGAUAUUUUACCACCAGGUGUCUCAAUUCUUCUGAGAGACGUAAUGUACAGAUGCCGCGAACUCCCGCCUUCAAAUUGGCCCGCUGCAGCUUACGAACUGGUAGAUCGUCAAGAUCUUGCCGCCCUGGAGAAACAUUCGAGCUCGACAAAAGCCGAUGACGAAACUACUGGAGUCUGUCCUAUAAGAGACCCCGAGCAAGACGAUGGCAUGAGUUUCGACGACACCAUUUUGAAGCUGCGUUUCAACAAAGACCACAGGGUGGCUGAGCUGCGUCGGAUGCUGAAUUCAUCAAAGCCUGUGCGCAUAGCAAUCACCCAGAGACCUGAAGUAAGCGACCACGAGUUCAUUGAAGAGCAGGAACGUCAUCUGUGUGCGGUGUGCUCGCGUACGAUGGCGCUGCCCGUUGCCAGAGGAAUGUUUACUCUCAGAACAUCAACUCCGAUCAUCACUGAGCAGCUGCCGAUCCCCAGGCUCUGCUUGACCGGGAAGACGGCUCUGCGCGGCACCACCAUCGAGUUGUGUCACAUCGAUGUCCCGCCCAACAUGAACCUGUGGCCGCUGUUCCACAACGGAGUCGCUGCGGGUCUUCGUAUUCACCCUGACGCCUCGGACAUCGACUCGACCUGGAUUGUUUACAACAAACAGCAGCAGAGUGAGUGCGGCAUCGAACAUUCCGGCUUCCUGAUGGCUCUGGGACUCAACGGACACCUGAAGAAGCUCGCGCCCUUCAGUACCUACGAGUACCUGGUGGAAUGUCAUGAGACAACAAACGUAGGACUUCUGCUAGGUCUAUCAGCGACUCAUCGCGGUACCAUGGACGUGUCGAUGACUAAACUGCUGUCUCUGCACGUCGAGACACUUCUGCCGCCCACCAGCAUCGAAUUGAACGUCCAGCAAAACGUUCAGGUCGCCGCGUUGAUGGGGGUUGGGUUGGUCUAUGAAGGAACAGGUCACCGGCACAUCGCCCACGCUCUGCUCUCCGAAAUAGGCCGACCCCCAGGUCCGGAGAUGAAGAAUUGCGUUGACCGGGAGUCUUAUUCUCUCGCUGCUGGUCUUGCUCUGGGUCUCGUAGUCCUCGGACGCGGUGGUGGCGCUGAUUUGAGCAGCAUUCCGGAUACUUUGCACUACUACAUGGUCGGUGGUAACGUCCGGCCGUUUACUGGAGCGCAAAAAGAAAAAUACAAGUCACCAAGUUACCAGAUACGUGAAGGAGAUUCAAUAAACACGGAUGUAACAAGUCCUGGAGCAACGAUAGCACUAGGUCUCAUGUAUUUCAAUUCAAAGAACCGCGCGGUUGCCGAAUGGAUGCGCGCACCCGAAACUCAGUAUCUUCUAGACUUUGUGCGACCCGAUCUCCUGAUGCUGCGCAUCCUGGCGCAUUCUCUGAUCCUUUGGGACGAGAUCGAGCCUACCAAAGCCUGGGUGUCCAGUCACGUGCCCGACAUUGUCUACAAGUAUCGUCUCCAGAAGCCAACACCGGAAAUAACUCAGCACGUUGACUUGGAGACAAUGAACCAGGCCUACUGCAACAUAAUCGCCGGUGCCUGUAUGGCUCUAGGACUUAAGUACGCGGGAACUGCCAACGAGAAUGCCUUCAAGACUCUUUUUAAUUACACCCAGAUGUUCACAGCCCUGUCGCACAAAUCUAUCGGAGAGCUAGCAGGUAAAUCGACAAUAGAAACUUGUUUGAACGUAACUCUGCUAUCAGCUGCCGUGGUGAUGGCCGGUACCGGUAAUCUAGACAUCAUGAGAGUCUGCAGACAAAUAAGAACACGAGUUGGACCCGCCAGCAGUGUCGUCACUUAUGGGUCACAUUUAGCGACGCACAUGGCGCUGGGACUGACGUUCCUUGGCGGAGGUCGUUACACACUCUCCAAUAGCCCAAAUGCCGUAGCUGCGCUGAUCAUUUCGCUCUUCCCAAAAUUCCCGACCCACAGCAACGACAACCGGUACCACCUGCAAGCACUCAGGCAUCUCUACGUCCUCGCCGCGCAGCCGAGAUUGGUUUUACCCCGAGAUAUUGACAGCAAGCAGUACUGCUACGCUACGGUCAAGUUGACCUUCAAGACUGACAAGCUCGCAAGAGGUCAAGAGACCGUGCUCAAGGCGCCGUGUCUGCUUCCGCAGCUGGAGAGUCUCCAGAAGGUCGAGCUGAAGGACGAGAGGUACUGGGAAAUAAUCUUCGAACGCGGACACAACUGGAGGCUGCUCGAGGGAAUGCUGAAUAAAUGCGACUCGCUGGAUGUCAAACAAAAAGCCGGAUGUCUGUCGUACAUCGAGGACCCCCACGGAUUCCGGAGCCUCGUCGCGCAGACGCUGACCACCGAGGACGUGAUCCCCUGGGCUGCGAGGCAGGAAUUCAUCACCUCCUUCACCAACGACCGGACUGUCCUCAAUAUCGUCAAGUAUUUUUUGCAACCACAGAUUGAACCCAAGCCCAAACGGAAGCGCGUUCGUCGACGGCAGAAAGAUGACCCGGAGUCUUCUGCUGAGAAAAUGGACGUCAGCGAUACGUCGACUGUCAAGAUGCACGAGCACUCCGUUAAUUUUGAUCUUCAUCAAGACUUCAAGUACGCGGAGAAACAUUUUCUCCAGACCCUGGCUAUUAUUGUCUACGAGUGUGUUGUCAAGGACAAGGUCAGCUUCCUCCCGCUCUGGGCAAAUAUCUACAAGAGUAUUGAGGCCAUCGAGAAGACUCCGGAUGCUCAUCUUGUCUGGCAGAUAAAACUCAUCACUUCUUAUACGCUGCUGAAAAACCAACAGGCCCGUGCGCUGCUGAGUGUCGAGAGUGUCUUGGCCAUUCAGCAACGACUUGCUCUGAUAAUUGAUUCUUGGGAACAUGAAGUAAAACCAUUGAUAGAAAGUUAUCGGACUAGUGGAACGAUUGACAGGAGUAAUGAUACGACACUAAGAAAAUUUAGCGCUUACUGUACAUACUUUGAUAUACCGCAUCGUUUAAUUUAUGAUAGUGAUAUUAAUCCAAUUAUUCAAAAUUUAUUACAACGCAUACAGCGUUUUCCGUCAAUAAAUUAAUUUAUAAUAAAUAAGUAAGUUUACUUAGUUUUUUUUUUUUUUGAGGAAGUUCUAGUCUACAGAAAAUUUUUUGGAGAUUAAAAAUGAAUAUGUCCAAUUUGAACGACUUUUGAGGUAUGGAAGACAAGUAGGUCAUGUUGGUACUCAUUUUAAUGGAAAUUUCCUGAUCUUGAUGAAUCUCAAGUUGAAAAUAUCAAAAAAAUUUAAUUUAAAAAUAAAUAUGCCCAACUUAUACGAGUUUUGAAAAUUUAAAUGAGUCAGGCUUGUGGGUACUCAUUUUGAUGGAAAUUUCCUGAUCUUAAUGACUCUGAAGUUGAAAAUAUCAAAAAAAUUUAAUUUGAAAAAAUAUGUCCAACUUAUACGACUUUUGAAAAGUUAAAAAAAGUCAGACUUGUGGGUACUCAUUUUGAUGGAAAUUUCCUGAUCUUAAUGAAUCUCAAGUUGAAUAUAUCAAAAAAAUUUAAUUUGAAAAAAUAUGUCCAACUUAUACGACUUUUGAAAAGUUAAAAUAAGUCAGACUUGUGGGUACUCAUUUUGAUGGAAAAUUCCUGAUCUUAAUGAAUCUCAAGUUGAAAAUAUCAAAAAAAUUUAAUUUGAAAAAAUAUGUCUAACUUAUACGACUUUUGAAAAGUUAAAAAAAGUCAGACUUGUGGGUACUCAUUUUGAUGGAAAUUUCCUGAUCUUAAUGAAUCUCAAGUUGAAUAUAUCAAAAAAAUUUAAUUUGAAAAAAUAUGUCCAACUUAUACGAC